AUGUGCACGUAUCAUAAGGAACGUGGCCACUACACCACGCAAUGCCCACCUUUCAAAAGGUAUCUAGAAGAGCUAGCAGCUGCCGGUCACCUCAAUCAGUGGAUCGACGUUCGGCAAAAUCCACUUCCUCCACCUCCCCCUCUUGUUGGCAAUCUCGUGAGCGUCAUACAAUGGCUAGUAUCCGAAGGAAGGGCGGCCGAACUUCGUUCAGAAAUUGACAGGGCUGUCGCCUCUAUAUCAGUCUGCAACGUGGGCGCUUCGGGAAAGCGAAAGUGGGAAGAUCCGAGCUUCGGCGGCACCAUAACUUUUUCUUCCGACGACUUAAAAGGAGUGCAACUUCCACAUGCAGAUGCCCUCGUCAUCACUAUUGCUAUUGAAAAAUCAACCGUGCAACGGGUAUUGAUAGAUCCGGGAAGCUCGGCCGAUGUCAUGUUUUUCUCCACUUAUCAGAGCCUCAGAUUAUCUCCCGCUCAACUUCGGACAGCGUCAACUCCCCUUGUCAGUUUUACAGGAGCCCCGGUAUGGCCACUCGGCCUGAUUGCCCUCCCUGUGCGAGCUGGAUCACGCAUCCUGGAGAUCGAAUUUGUGGUGGUUGCUUCGCCAAGUCCGUACAACGUCAUUCUUGGCCGAACCUGGCUACACGAAAUGCAAGCGGUUGCUGCACCGUAUCACCAGGUGGUAAAAUUCGUUGGAUGGAACGGACGAUAG